AUGGUGAAACUUGAUAACUUCGAAGUUGAUCAUUGGCUCUUGUCUAACACAAAUUCCGUGGAACACAACCUGGGUCACUCUUACUGUCUUCCAAGAUCAAUCGGUGACCUGCAACAAGAAUCUGGAUCUGGCACAGAUGUUGACAUAUUGUCUCCUAUCAUUUCAAAGCCACUCGACUAUGGCCCCAUGAAAGGGUCUGAAGAUUUGCUCUCCAAGAUAUCCGAUUAUUACUCGAAAGAAUCGUCUAGUCAACUUUCGACAGAGAGCAUUGUGACUACGCCUGGAGCAUCAUUGGCAAACUUUCUUGUUUUGUUCGCUCUACUUGGACCAGGAGAUCAUGUGAUCGUGCAAUACCCUACAUAUCAACAGUUAUAUGCUCUUCCGAAAUGUUUCGGGGCAGAAGUGAGCUUUUGGAAUUCCAAGGAGCAUGAUGGCUGGAAACUUGAUUUAGAUGAACUCAAAGAAUUGGUCCAACCGAAUACGAAAAUGAUUAUCAUCAGCAAUCCACAGAAUCCAACUGGAGCGAUCAUUCCAAAUCAAACUCUCAAAGAGAUUGUGGAGAUCGCAAGAACCCAUUCCAUAAUCGUCUUCAGCGAUGAGGUGUAUCGCCCACUCUUCCACUCCAUCUCGCCAACAGAUCCCGCGUACCCACCGUCAAUCCUAUCAAUGGGCUACGAAAAUACCAUUGCCACAAGCUCUUUGUCAAAGGUAUACUCCGCAGCUGGACUCAGAAUCGGGUGGAUUGCUUCGCAUAAUUCCAACGUCAUUGAUCUCUGCGUAAACGCUCGAUCCUAUGCACUUAUUACUGCCAGUCAAGUUGAUGAACAUAUUGCAUCGCUCAUCCUCAGUCCUCCGUGCGCACAAGUGUUGAUGGAAAAGAAUCGCUCACUGGCAGAAAGAAAUGUGAGCUUGAUUCAGUCCUUCAUUGACAAAAAUAGCUCAAGUUGUGAGUGGGUGAAACCUGUGGGAGCGCCGAUUGGAUUUAUCAAAUUCAAGAGAGAUGGUCAGCCAGUCGACGACUUGGAGUUAUGUACGAGAUUGCUGAACAAGAAAAAGCUUCUACUUGUUCCUGGUCGAAAAUGCUUCGGGGAUGGCAUUCGGUUCCCCGGAUAUAUUCGUCUUGGGUUUGGAGGUGAUACAAGGCAACUUGAGGGAGAUCUCCAAGUUCUGCAGGCUUUCCUUGAUAGUGAUUAUGUGGACAUACCCCUGUCUACUGAAUAA